CCUGCCGUGUCGUAGCCAGGAAGCGGGCUUUUGUUUACUUCUUGAAAAGUCGUCUAACAGGCAUGGCAGAUGGGGUUCUCUUUGAGUUUCUCCACAUGGAGAUGGUGUCUCAUGUUUUCAAGGACCAACAAUCCACUAAUGGAGAGAUGAACAACAAGGACAGAGCUGUCUGCACAUCUGUCCUGGAGGGCAUGGGCUUCAGAGUGGGACAGGGACUCAUUGAGAGGUUUACCAGGGACUCUCCCAGCUUUAAGGAUGAGUUGGACAUAAUGAAGUUCAUCUGCAAAGACUUCUGGACUCAGGUGUUCAGGAGGCAGGUUGACAACCUCAGAACCAACCAUCAGGGCACCUAUGUUCUCCAGGACAACAAGUUUGUUCUGCUGACUCAGCUCUCCAGUGGAAAACAGUACCUGGAUGAUGCCCCUAAGUACCUGGCCUAUUCGUGUGGUGUGAUAAGAGGAGCGCUCUCCAGCCUGGGUCUAGACAGUGUUGUGACAGCAGAGGUCUCUCUCAUGCCAUCCUGUAAAUUCCAGGUGGUGAUCCAGAAGUUGUGACCCGAUCCUCCCUGCUGCCUGAUCCUAAUGAGCAGAACCCUGUAGAUAUAAGGCUGUGCUAUCCUCAAAGAAGAGAUAAUAGAGUUCUGCUCAUCCCGCUGGACAUUUCAACCACAGAGGGAAUCAACCAUCAGCCUGAUUUUUCACUACAGGCUCAACGGGGUAGCCAGGUCCCUUUCAUCAACCAGGUACCGACAGGGUGAAAUGGGGUUCAUCAAGCUUCGCUCAUUAUUUCUGUGACUCAGUUUGACACAAAACCUUGAUUCUGUUUGCACCUUGUUUUCAUCAGAGGUCAUUUGCCUUAGUGAUGUAUAAUGCUUUGGACCUUUAAAUCUGUCGAGUUAACCUCGGCCCUGACUGACCCCUUUUGGCCCAGCUGUGAAAAAGUGAAUGUUGACUUUCAAUGGCUAUGAGCCAGAUAAUGUGAAUGUAAAUCUCAAGGUACUUCAGUGUUCUUUGUGCAAUUUUGUGUCCCCAUGUUAAUAUGACUGAAUGUUCAUUAGGACGUAUGCAAAACAGAGAAGAAUGUAACUUAAAACAGAAUGAUGGGUCGUCUCUAGGACAGGACGUCACUUUAGGAUUUAUGAUUCUGCAACCUACUCAAAGUCCCACGCCAUCUCCAUUAACCCUCCAUCUGAAUUACAGCUAGGGACGAACCGUUUUGUCCUAGCCUGGUCGGAAAAUCACUGCAGACUCAUUGCAUUCAUAUAUCAACCCUUGUCUCUUUGCAAACACAUACGCUCAGAGAAGCUUUGCUCUGCCCUGGAUAUUUUAUUUCAUUCUCGUGAGGCUGCGACAUGAUUUACCAUAGAAUCCUGAGCUGCAUUUGUUAAUCAUAUACUUGUUUACAUUAAAGUUGUGGUCCUGUUCGAAAAUGAGCCAGCUCAGGAUUCAAAAUAAAAGAUUAUUAUUAUUAUUAUUAUUAUUAUUAUUAUUAGUGGUAGUAGUAUUGUUAUUGGCAAAAAAAUUUGUAAUUAUUCCUGGCACACAAAAGUGUAAAAUGUGUGCAUUCACACUGAUGUUACUGUGCAUGGUCUCAAUGGUCUUUAGUGCAGUACUGUUUAAUUCAGAUUCAGAUUUUCUGCUAUAUGACAUCCAUAGAACCAAUGGAGUCAUUAAAAAAUAUCCUCUUUAUUAAGUCUAACCACAUUCCUUUGAAGUCCCUAAAGCGGAUAUAUAAUAAUGCUGUGGGCAAAUUCAGUUUGGUUUAUUGAUGAACGGUCAUCUUACCAGACUUAUGAAUUGUAGAUGAAGGAUGUGAGUAGGACAUAAAUAAAUGCUGUGGCUUCUUUCUGCCACUAGAGGGAAACGUAUGGCUGUGUCAUGUCUGUCAUCGCACUUUGUACCAGGUUUUAUCCAAAGUCUCUUCAUCUGUAAUAUCCCAUGUUAUCCUAUGGAUCCCAUGUUCUCUUUCCUUCCAUCUUCCUAUGUGAGAUUUACCCACAGUUAAAGAAUUUAGGAUAUAGAGAACAGGGGCAUAUUGAAGUGAACUCGUCUGCUGGUUGGUUUGUUUAUAUAUAAAUUAAGUAGAAGUGUAUCUUGUCCUUAUCCUGUGAACAUCAAUGCCGACCCCCAUAAUCUCUACCGAAACUAACCAUUGGUAUGAAUAUAUCUCUCAUGAUGUUGGUAAUCAAUAUUAUAACCAUGGGAUUAUAAAAGAGUAGAGAACUAAUCAUAAUCAAAUAUCAAAUUUGUUUUCUUAAACUCUGUUGGGCAGAUGAUGUUUAGAAAGUACAUUCAUGCUACCCAGAAUAUGAACUCUGUCAAAUUUGGUGACCUCUCAGCGUUGCUGUUAGGGCCACCUUCAGGUCAAAGUGUACAAACUUCAUUACCUCACUACCUGAAAUUCCCCGACAAGCACCAAGCCAGCAAAUUACUGGCAACUGAGAUCCUGCAUUUGAUUGUAAGAUACCGCCAUACAAGGUAACAAUAAAAGAUUAAGAUGUGUGGGAGAUUUUUUUUGUGGGCGGGUUGGGCCCAUGUUCAAAUUUCCAGUCCAAAAGUCCAAAAUUCUUUGUUCCUGAUGGCAUAUAUACUGGUGCGUGGUUGAUUAUGCAACACCAAAACUCUGAUAUUGCCUAAGCAGGAUACAAAGACAAUUGUGGUGGUGUGGAACCAGGAUUCAGCUCAGACCUGUUCCCAGUAGGUGAUAUGUCAAGAAGUUCAAUCUUCUCUGUGCUUUUGCAUUGUGAGAGCAGGUGCUGGUAAAUGAAUGUAAGUGAAUCACUGCUACACAUAUUCAGUGCAUUGCUCUGCAGUUCUACUAGGUCAUUAAGAAAGUUUUAUUUUGACUUUUUGCCAUCUGUAACAGUCUAUGCUUUAUUUCACUGAAAAUACAAUGGUGGUUAUCUCUCGACAUACUAUCCCUCUUAACAGAUUGAGAAGAAAAUGAAACUGCAACUCUCUUGAUUGACCCAAAUAAGAGCCCAUGGCUCACUUAAUUUAUGUUUUGUAGCCAUGGUUUUCAGUUUACAUUUGUACAGCUGUAAUUUGUUAUCACAGUAGAUGUUUUUAAAAAGCCUGUUGACAGUUUUGAUAGAUCAAGACGUUGCUGCAUCAGGUGAUGGAGUAAGGUGCUGACUGUGUCUUCUGUCUCUAAUCAAACACCCAGUUCUAUUCGAAGUACAUCACUGUAAUAUUUUUACAGAAUAAAGUUUUGUAUGCAACCAAUCACCUUGAAGUUUUG